AUGAAAUCAUCGCUUGUACUAUCGUCGCUUUCCAUCGCCGCUAUUACCCAAGUAAUAGCACAGCCAAACAGCAGCACAGGUCUCAUCGCAAAUACCCGUCAAGGCCCUGUACGCGGUAUUGAAGUACAGAAUAAGGUCAACGCAUUCCUGGGGGUUCCAUACGCUCAACCUCCGCUUGGUUUCCUACGUUUUGAACCACCCCAGCCGCCAUUGAACCGCGCCUCAGAUGGGCAUUCCAACGUCUUGAACGCUACCAAGUUUGGACCGGUUUGCCACCAGUUUCACUACAGGACAAUCUUAGGAGACUCUCUUGUUGAAACGUCUGGGCAAUCCGAAGAUUGCCUGACUUUGAAUGUAUUCGUACCCCGGCAUGCCUUUCGCCGCAAGGAUGGACUAUUGCCAGUAUUUGUCUGGUCAUACGGAGGCGCAUUUGGUGAAGGCGGCGCGAGCAUGCCGCUCUUCAACCCGAACCAGUUUGUCGCGGAAAAUAAAGAUGUUAUCGUGGUGACAUGGAACUAUCGACUGAACAUCUUUGGCUUCCCAAACACCCCAGCCUUGGGAGCUCAGAAUCUUGGCUUGAGGGACCAAAGAGCCGCCUUGGAAUGGCUACGCGAUAACAUUGCUGGAUUCGGUGGUGAUGCACACAGAAUCACCCUCGGCGGCCAGUCCGCCGGCGCAGACAGCGGUAGCGCAAUGAUUUACUCGCACAUGGACGAUCCCAUUGUUUCUGGACUCAUACUUCAGAGCGGCACUGUUCAAAUCAUUGGGGCGGCCACGCAGAACGUUGACUCUGAGUUUGUGCGAGUUGCCACGUCAGUAGGCUGUGCCAACAGCGCGGACCGGCUGCAGGAACUAGAAUGCAUGAGAACAGUAAACGCCGAGGUACUAAUGCGCGCCAUCUCUGACAAGACGCUGAACGCAUUUGGCGCUCCGUCGGGGGGGACUCCCAUGGUGGACAAUGUCACUCUGUUCACGAUGCGGGAAUAUGUCCAUCGUGGCUCGGCAGGCAAGUUUGCUAAGAUUCCAACUUUAAUGGGACACACCAAGAACGAAGGCGACUCUAUCCUGAACUGGACUGAAAAGUGCGGUGUGAACAAAACUCUUUCUGACUUGGCAACGGCACUCAUUUUUAACUGCAACAUGGCACUGGAAGCAGGGUUCAGACAUGUCCAUCGCGUGCCUACAUGGCGGUAUCGAUAUGCUGGCGUUUUCCCUGCUGUGACGCCGUUCCCUUGGGCACGGGCAUACCACCAAGGUAAGCAUUCCUUUUUCGAAAUCCCGACCGGCCCCAUGAGGACAAUUUCUAAUAGUUCAGCAGCGGAUAUUCCCAUUCUAAUGGGCACAUACAAUCUGCUUGCACAGAACAAGACUCGGGAGCACCGUGCAGCGACUAUCGGGGCAUCUCGCUAUCUGCAGCAGGUGUUUGGUGCCUUUAUCAGAGACCCGUCUCACGGCCUUGAAAAGAUGUAUCAAUGGCCGACCUUUGUGCCGGGACUGGCUACCUUGAUUGAUCUGUUUCCCAACAACACUGCUUCUGCUGAGUUCAAGAUCUCGACGCAGGAUGAGAUGUGUAAGAAUGCGCCCCCAUUUCCUUGGAUAGAGGUUCUCAAGGCUCCUCCUCGUUGCUAG